UUUACUCCUCCAACGACUACUUUUGAGUUUCACUUGGAUUGAUCAGACAGAAAGAAAGAUGGCAGCAAAUUACCACACUUCAUUUUCAUCUUCUGUCGACUUUGGAACAAACGUUCAUCAUCAUCAUCGACAACCCAUGGUUAAACAGUUCUCAUCAUCUGUGAGUUGUAACAACUCUUCAAGUACUUGGGAUCAUGAGAGCCAGAUGAACAUGGUCAUACAGGACAGAAAGCAUAGACGGAUGAUAUCGAACCGGGAAUCAGCUAGGAGGUCCAGGAUGAGGAAACAAAGGCAGCUGGAAGAGCUAUGCACCCAGGUGGUGUGGCUCAAGAACCAGAACCAUGGGCUCCUAGACCAACUCAACCGCUUCUUGGAGUCUCAGAAACAAGUUAUUCAAGAAAAUCGUAAACUCAAGAAAGAAACCUUGGAACUACGAAAGUUGCUUAGUGAAGCUCAACUUGCUACCACUUAUACUGGUUUAGGAGAUAUUGGUUUUUUCAGAGAUCUUGAUGACGAUGGUUAUCUGCUUCCUUCUUGCACCACUGUUCAGUCUUCCCACGAAACUACUGUUUCAUCGGCUAAUACUAAUGAUUCAUCCACUUUGCUUCAUUAAUUAAUUACUUCGUAGAU